GUCUCGGGAGGGCUUGGCGGGCGGGGCCGGGUGUUCGAGAGUACGUUGUUGGCGUGUUGCCUACGAGGAGGGAAGUGUUUGGGUAGAGUGAGCCAUAGGCACGCACCGGGACAUGGCGACCGCCCCGGCCCGGAGGAAACGGGCGCGGGACGACUCUGGCCCUGACGAGCUGCAGCGACCACUGGGUCUGCGGGCGGAGGCGCCAUUCAGCGAUGAGCCGGACGCCGACCACGCGCGCGCCAUGUGCGACUACUCGCAGAAGAUCACACUGGAGCAGGCGCGCGCCGGCACUGCGCCGCGGCUGGUGCGGGUGUACGCCGACGGCAUCUACGACGUGUUUCACAUGGGCCACGCUCGCCAGCUGAAACAGGCCAAGAACGUGUUCCCCAACGUGUACCUGCUGGUCGGAGUGUGCAGCGACAAGCUGACGCACGCGCGCAAGGGCAAGACGGUGAUGACGGACACAGAGCGGUACGAGUCGGUCCGCCACUGCCGCUACGUGGAUGAGCUGGUGCGCGACGCCCCCUGGGAGGUGGACGACGCCUUCCUGGCCAAGCACAAGAUUGACUUUAUCGCCCACGACGACUACCCGUACACCACCGGCUCCGGAGUCGACGUGUACGCCCGGCUCAAAGAAAGAGGCAUGUUCGUGGCCACGCAGCGGACGGACGGCGUCUCCACCUCCGACAUCGUCUCCCGCAUCGUCAAGGACUACGACGUGUACGUGCGGCGGAACCUGGCGCGAGGAUACUCGGCCAAGGAUCUCAACGUCUCCUUCAUUAGCGAGAAGAAGUUCCGGAUCCAGAACAAGAUGGACGAGCUGAAGGACCGCGGGAAGAAGGCCAUCGCCGACAUCUCGGACAAGCGGGCCGAGUUCAUCCAGAAGUGGGAGGACCGCAGCCGGGAGUUCAUCGACACCUUCCUCAUGAUGUUCGGCAGGGACGGCAGGAUCAACAAGAUGCUGACCGACUCGGCCGGCAUGGUGAAGACGGCGCUGUCGCCACCCUCGUCGCCUACGCCGUCCUCCUCCAGCGAGGUGGACCCGCUGGGCGACGGCCUGCACAGUCCUCCGGCCAAGGUGCGCCGGCUCCGCUCGUCGGACAUGAACCAUCGGUCUGCCACGGCCAUCUCCGGCGAGUACUCGGACGACGACGAGGAGGAGGACGCCGAUCUGGCCGGCGACCAUCACUAAAGCAGCCGCAGCCUGCCACUAUAGUGGCCGUCGGCCACCACUAGAGCGGCUGCCGACCAUCACUAGAGCGGCCGACGGACACAGCUCACGGACGGGACCGGCGGACUCCAGCCGACGGAGUCGGAUUCGGGCGGGUCGGAGCGGACGAGAGCAGGCAGCAGACAUGGAUGGGCAUUUGCCGCCGUACGGUGGGGACGUGGCUCUUCCGCUGUCUGCGGACGUGACGACGGCGUCGGUGGGCCCCGGCGCCUGGCCAGACGCGGCACGAGCCCGGGAGCGGAGGCCCUCCCCGGCGAGGCGCACGUCGACACGUGACUCCUCGCGGAGAGCGGGCGCCUCGGGGCGAGCGGACCGAGGUCGGCCCGGCGUCGCGCGCGCAGAGUGACGUCACGCCGCAGCGCCGCGGGGCACAGCAGCCGCGCGGCAGGAACGCGGCGACGGGGACUCCGCGGCG